AUGGAAAAAUUCCUUUUUUAUCUGUUUUUCAUUGGCAUAGCAGUGAGAGCUCAGAUCUGUCCAAAGCGUUGUGUCUGUCAGAUUUUGUCUCCUAAUCUUGCAACCCUUUGUGCCAAGAAAGGGCUUUUAUUUGUUCCACCAAACAUUGACAGAAGAACUGUGGAACUGCGCUUGGCAGACAAUUUUGUUACAAAUAUUAAAAGGAAAGAUUUUGCCAAUAUGACCAGCUUGGUGGACCUGACUCUAUCCAGGAAUACAAUAAGUUUUAUUACACCGCAUGCUUUUGCUGACUUACGAAAUCUGAGGGCAUUGCAUUUGAAUAGCAACCGAUUGACUAAAAUUACAAAUGAUAUGUUCAGUGGGCUUUCCAAUCUCCAUCAUUUGAUACUGAACAACAAUCAGCUGACUUUAAUUUCAUCUACAGCAUUUGAUGAUGUCUUUGCCCUUGAAGAGCUGGAUCUGUCCUAUAAUAAUUUAGAGACAAUUCCUUGGGAUGCUGUUGAGAAGAUGGUUAGCUUGCACACCCUUAGUUUGGAUCACAAUAUGAUUGAUAACAUUCCUAAGGGGACUUUCUCCCACUUGCACAAGAUGACGCGGCUAGAUGUAACAUCCAAUAAAUUGCAGAAGCUACCACCUGACCCUCUCUUUCAGCGAGCUCAGGUACUAGUGACCUCAGGAAUCAUAAACCCGUCUACUUUUGCAUUAAGUUUUGGUGGCAACCCUUUGCACUGCAAUUGUGAGUUGUUGUGGUUGAGGCGUCUGUCCAGAGAAGAUGACCUAGAGACCUGUGCUUCCCCAGCACUUUUAACUGGUCGCUAUUUUUGGUCAAUUCCUGAGGAAGAGUUUUUGUGUGAGCCUCCUCUCAUUACUCGCCAUACACAUGAGAUGAGAGUCCUGGAGGGUCAAAGGGCAACCCUGAGAUGCAAAGCCAGGGGAGACCCCGAACCUGCAAUUCACUGGAUUUCUCCUGAAGGGAAGCUGAUUUCAAACGCAACAAGGUCUCUGGUGUACGAUAACGGAACGCUGGACAUCAUGAUCACAACUGUAAAGGAUACGGGUGCUUUCACCUGCAUUGCUUCCAAUCCUGCAGGGGAAGCCACGCAGACAGUGGAUCUCCACAUAAUUAAGCUCCCGCACUUACUGAACAGUACAAACCACAUCCACGAGCCUGACCCUGGUUCUUCAGACAUUUCAACUUCUACCAAGUCAGGCUCUAAUGCAAGCACUAGCAAUGGUGACACCAAAAUGAGUCAAGAUAAAAUUGUGGUGGCGGAAGCAACGUCAUCUACGGCGUUACUUAAAUUCAAUUUUCAAAGAAAUAUUCCUGGAAUACGUAUGUUUCAAAUCCAGUACAAUGGUACUUAUGAUGACACCCUUGUUUACAGAAUGAUACCUCCUACGAGCAAAACUUUUCUUGUCAAUAACCUGGCUGCUGGAACUAUGUAUGACUUGUGUGUCUUGGCAAUAUAUGAUGAUGGCAUCACUUCUCUCACUGCCACAAGAGUCGUGGGUUGCAUCCAGUUUACUACAGAACAGGAUUACGUGCGAUGCCAUUUCAUGCAGUCCCAGUUUUUGGGAGGCACCAUGAUUAUUAUUAUUGGUGGAAUAAUUGUAGCAUCCGUGCUGGUUUUCAUCAUCAUCCUAAUGAUCCGGUAUAAGGUUUGUAACAAUAAUGGCCAACACAAGGUCACCAAGGUCAGCAAUGUCUACUCUCAAACGAAUGGGGCUCAGAUGCAAGGCUGCAGUGUAACGCUGCCCCAGUCCAUGUCCAAGCAAGCUGUGGGGCAUGAAGACAAUGCUCCAUGUUGUAAAGUUGCCAGUGACAGUGUGAUACAAUCUUCAGAAGUUUGUUCAAGUCAGGACUCCUCUACCACUACCUCUGCUUUGCCUCCUACCUGGACUUCAAGCACUUCUGUGUCCCAGAAGCAGAAAAGAAAGACAGGCACAAAGCCAGGUACCGAACCACAGAAUGAAGCUGUCACAAAUGUUGAGUCCCAAAACACUAACAGGAACAACUCAACUGCAUUGCAGUUAGCUAGUCGACCUCCUGAUUCUGUCACAGAGGGGCCUGCAUCUAAAAGAGCACAUUCAAAGCCAAGUAAGUUUCUCACUUUGCCUGCUGAGAGGUCCAGAGCAAGGCACAGGUACUCCCUGAAUGGAGAAUUAAAGGAAUAUUAUUGUUAUAUUAACUCACCGAGCACAUGUGGACUAUUUUCUAAAAGAAGCAUGUCUAUGAAUGUGAUGUUAAUUCAGCCCAACAGUGCUGAUGGGCGUAGCGGAAGAACAACUCUUUCAAAUUCUGAGUGUAUAUUGGAAAGCACUGUGUAA